AUGUGGCGUUGCGUGUUUCGCACUAUUUCCGAGAGAUCCAAUCCUAAUAUUCAACCACUUAGAUCACACCUUUCAAGAUUUUUCUCUAGUGGUGGGAAUUCGUCGUACAAUGUGGUGGAUCAUAAGUACGACGCGGUUGUUGUUGGUGCUGGUGGCGCAGGAUUGAGAGCUGCUAUUGGACUUUCGGAACAUGGCUUCAACACUGCAUGUAUUACCAAGCUCUUUCCAACUCGCUCACACACUGUUGCAGCUCAGGGUGGUAUAAAUGCUGCAUUGGGAAAUAUGACUGAAGAUGACUGGAGGUGGCACAUGUAUGAUACAGUCAAGGGAAGUGAUUGGCUCGGAGACCAAGAUGCAAUCCAAUAUAUGUGUAGGGAGGCACCAAAAGCAGUCAUUGAACUUGAGAAUUAUGGAUUGCCAUUUUCACGAACCGAAGAUGGAAGAAUAUACCAGCGUGCAUUUGGUGGUCAGAGCUUGAACUUUGGAAAAGGUGGUCAGGCAUAUCGUUGCGCAUGUGCUGCUGAUCGAACAGGGCAUGCUUUACUGCACACUCUCUAUGGCCAGGCUAUGAGGCAUAAUACACAGUUUUUUGUGGAAUAUUUUGCGCUGGAUCUAUUAAUGAACAGUGAUGGUACUUGCCAAGGAGUAAUAGCCUUGAAUAUGGAGGAUGGAACACUACACCGUUUUCAAGCUGCUUCAACAAUUUUGGCCACUGGGGGUUAUGGUAGAGCAUACUUUUCUGCAACUUCAGCGCAUACAUGCACUGGAGAUGGCAAUGCCAUGGUUGCUCGUGCUGGACUACCACUCGAGGAUUUAGAGUUUGUGCAAUUUCACCCAACAGGCAUAUAUGGAGCUGGUUGCCUUAUCACAGAAGGCUCUCGUGGCGAAGGUGGAAUUCUUAGGAACAGUGAAGGUGAGAGGUUUAUGGAAAGAUACGCUCCUACUGCAAAGGAUCUUGCAUCAAGAGAUGUAGUUUCAAGAUCAAUGACUAUGGAGAUUCGGGAAGGUCGUGGUGUAGGACCUGAGAAAGAUCACAUAUAUCUCCACUUGAAUCACUUACCCCCAGAUGUUCUUAAGGAGAGACUACCUGGUAUAUCUGAAACUGCUGCGAUUUUUGCUGGUGUGGAUGUUACAAAGGAACCCAUUCCUGUUUUACCAACUGUGCAUUAUAACAUGGGUGGUAUCCCCACUAAUCAUCAUGGAGAGGUGAUUACCAUUAAAGGUGACAAUCCGGAUGAAAUAGUUCCGGGGCUAAUGGCUGCUGGGGAAGCAGCCUGUGCUUCAGUCCAUGGUGCCAAUAGGCUCGGUGCAAAUUCACUUCUGGACAUUGUUGUCUUUGGUAGAGCCUGUGCAAACAGAGUCGCAGAAAACCAAAGGCCAGGAGAAAAACAAAAGCCUUUAGAGAAAGACGCUGGUAUGAAAACAAUCGCUUGGCUUGACAAAUUGAGAAAUUCAAAUGGAUCAUUGCCCACUUCGAAAAUUAGGUUGAACAUGCAACGAAUAAUGCAAAACAAUGCUGCUGUAUUCCGCACACAAGAAACAUUAGAAGAAGGAUGUCAAUUGAUUGAUGGAGCAUGGGAGAGCUUUCAUGAUGUCAAAUUGAAGGAUCGUAGUUUGAUAUGGAACUCUGACCUGAUUGAGACUAUUGAGUUGGAAAAUCUUUUGAUAAAUGCCUCCAUUACCAUGCACUCUGCUGAAGCCAGAAAAGAAAGCAGAGGUGCUCAUGCCCGAGAAGACUUCACGACAAGAGAUGAUGAGAAGUGGAUGAAACACACAUUGGGAUAUUGGGAAAAUGAGAAGGUUCGAUUAGAUUACAGGCCAGUGCACAUGAAUACUUUGGAUGAUGAAAUCGAAUCAUUCCCUCCUAAAGCUCGCGUCUAUUAA